AUGACAACUUCUUCGAUUAUUCUCGCCGGUUUGGGGCUUGCUGUGGUGGGAUACGGUGGAAGAGCUCUCAUGCGCCAAAUGCCGAAUGCUGCGACGAAAAUGCAAGAAGCACUGAAAAACCUUCCCAAAUUCGAUGCAGAAAUGAUGGCCAAUUCAAAAUAUUAUCGGGGAGGAUUCGAACAGAAAAUGAACAAACGUGAAGCUUCCCUCAUUCUCGGCGUAAGCCCAUCAGCAUCGAAGGGAAAGGUAAAGGAUGCUCAUAAGAAAAUUAUGUUGCUUAAUCAUCCUGAUCGCGGUGGUUCACCGUAUUUGGCUGCAAAGAUCAAUGAGGCAAAGGAUUUCCUCGAUAAUACGAAGUAA